GGGCUUAUUACAUACGACACUAUGACCGCCUUGCUCUCGCUGAAGUCGAUAUAAGCAGUGGCCCUUCGCAAGACGAGAUAAAAAGAGACGUUUAACGUCCACUGACAGCAGCUAGCAAGAUUACAGCUAAUGCUAGUUCGCUAGCGUCAACUUCAGCGGCUAACGUCUGUUAGCAGUAGCCUGCUGGCCGCUUGAAGAGCGGUAGGAUAUUUGUCAGAAACUUCUGGAAAACGCGUGACUAGCUCGGCUGUUAUUAUUCAAAACAUAUUCUUGAAGUGACAAAGCUACAGAUUACCAGACUAAUGAGUGAAGACGAGGACAUUAUGGACGUCUCUGAUAGCUAUGAGGAUGCGCCAUCAGCAAAGAAGAAUGGACGGACCUCGUUGCUGGACAGCGGGGAGGACUUCGAGCUUUUAAACGAUGAAGACAUUGACGACGCCCCCCCUCCUCUGGAAGAUGCGGGGGGUGGGAAAAGGAAAAGCACGGAUGAGAUUGAAAAGAAAAAUGCAGAUCCAGAUCCUCCAGUUCCAGUGGAUGAAUGGUUGGAUGUGUUAGGUAAUGACCAGCUGAAGAAAAAAGUCCUGGAGGCAGGGCAAGGGCGAGACAGUCGGCCACAGAAAGGACAGAAUGUAAAAAUUAAUCUUAAAACAUACCUGAAGGAUGGGACGCUUGUAGAGGAGCAGCAUGACCUCUGUUUCACUCUUGGGGAUGGAGAUGUGAUCCAGGCUCUGGAUCUCACAGUGCAGCUUAUGGAAAUGGGAGAGAAAGCCCUCAUUCAAACUGAUGCAAAAUAUGCAUAUGGUGCCUGGGGGAGUCAGGACCCCGAGGUUCCCCCCAACGCUGAGCUAUCCCUAGAAGCUGAACUGCUAGAGGCUACGGAUGCCCCAGACCUGGAGCUGCUGCCCCCUGCAGAAAAGAUUUCCCUGGCAAGCCAUAAGAGAGAGAGAGGCAACGCUCAUUAUCAGCGUGGGGACUACGCUUUUGCUGUCAACUCAUAUAGCAUUGCCCUGCAAAUAACAGAGUCUAGUUCUAAAGUUGACAUUAGCGCUGAGGAGGAGGAUGAGCUUAUGGAUGUCAAAGUGAAGUGUUUAAACAACAUGGCUGCUUCUCAGCUGAAACUGGACCACUAUGAUGCAGCACUUAAAUCUUGUGUCUCAGCACUGGCACACCAGCCAGAGAACAUAAAAGCACUUUUCCGCAUGGGCAAGGUGUUAGCCUUGCAAGGUGAAUACACAGAAGCCAUUCAGACAUUGAGGAAGGCACUGAAGCUGGAACCAAGCAAUAAGACUAUCCACGCAGAGCUGUCCAAGCUGGUGAAGAAGCACUCAGAGCAGAGAGGAGCAGAGCAGGCCAUGUAUAAGAAGAUGCUGGGUAACCCGAGUAGUAGCAGUGGCAGCACACAAAAACACAAGGCCAAGUCUUCAUGGGGUCUCAGCUGGAAGUGGCUAUUCGGUGCCACUGCAGUAGCCAUCGGUGGUGUAGCAUUAUCUGUCGUCAUAGCUGCUAGAAAUUAAAUGGAGCUCGUACUGAUGGCCUGACCAAGCCCUGCAGUUUUAGAGUCUGAAAACAGAAGCACAUCUGGCAGUGUCUUCUGACCUUUGGUGAAAGGUCGUGGAAGUCGGUCAGAUGCCUCUACACGGUCACUUCUCUGCUAUGUUUGAGAACUGUAUGUGGCCAACAAUAAAACAACAAUAUUUGCGUACGGGAACAGUAAUUCCAACCUUAUAAAUGUGUAGUUUAAUGCAUAUCUGUCACGUUGCCAGACACAGUUUUCUUUUGCGGCCAUGUCUCUGUCUUUGGUAAUUAAUGUUGAUAAUUUGAGUAUGAGAAUGAAAAAUUAUUUACCAUAGAUUCAGAUAGGAGUUAUUUCAAGAUUUUUUUCCCAUCAAAAUAACUAUUGUGAUAUGGUCCUAUGUCAUGCUAUAGUUUUAAAGCGUCAGAUUGUGCAAGUAAAUGGAUCUUCCUAUUUUGAAGAGAGAAUAUGAUUUUACGGUACAAUAUUUCAUAUCGAGUGGUGUAUGCGAAUGCUCUAUUAUUUCAGGCCCACAGAAUGGUACGGUGGCUGUCUUGUGUGCCAGCUCACACACCAUUUUUUACUAGAUACAGAUACUACUCUUCGCUAAGUGAACACCAAAAUAGAGGCACCUGCAGGAUUUAAUACAAUGCAACAUUCAGUUUUUUGCACAGGUUGUUUGUGUGGUGAAUCAGUUCUGUGGUGCAUGUUAAGGCUGCUUUUGUCUCUACCCACAUCAUUAACAUAUACAGAGCCACAAAGAUAUAAAGAAACACCCCGCAACAUAAUGUGGUUUAAAGAACUGCAGCCUCAGAAAGCACAGUGGAAUUGAAUCAGCACCCCUGACACAGUGUCAGCAGCAACAAAGUAAAAUAAUAACAUUGCACAGUGCACAAAUUACACGACUGACUGUUUGAUUGCGAUUCAGUGCUGCAGUGUUUUCAGAUUUCUGGUCACUUGUGUAUAUACACAUUAAAGCAUCAGCUACAGUAGAUACUCUGCCAACGUUUGUUAAAUUACUAGUUUCUUGUUGAUAAAGGUGCAGUUAUUCUCUUUUAAAACAAGUACAGAGAAUGGUACACAGUGAAGUGGUUCUGAAUAAUACUGAUGGAGAGUUUAUUUUUAUGAAUCAAUUUCAGUCAAUUAUACCUCAAUUUCUGAUGAUUAAGACCAAAUGUUGAAGGAUGACCCUUCAAGUACAAUGCUGGGUGUGUACGUUUGUUUUUUUUUCCCCCUCCCCAACACUUUCUGCCUGUGAAAGCUUAUGUUAAUUGUUUCCUUUAUUUAUUUCACUGUUUUGGAUUUUUGCUUUCUUAAUGUGACAUAGCUGAAUCUGUGGCUUCUUCAGAGUAGGUGGUAGAUGGCCUACAGAGCCAAAAGUUGCAUAAACUCUGUGACAGCUGGUGGGAAGUGAAGUGGUUAUUGACAGUCCCUGCAUUUGUUAAUUUUAUAUUCAUCACAAUAAAAUGUGUCUGUUGUCAAA